GAUGGAUCCAAUUCCAGUGUGGGUGAGGAGACUCUGGGAUGAGUGGGGUUUACAGCUACUGAUUCUCCUAAGUCUUGCUUUACAGAUCAUCCUUUCCUUGUUGGGCAAUCGAAGAAAGUACAUAUCGUCAAUAUGGAUUAGUAUCUUUCUUUGGUCGGCCUAUUUAAUGGCCAAUUGGGUAGCAACCAGUGCCCUAGGCAAGCUCUCAGAUAUCGAAGUCAAUUAUGACAAUGGCAACACAUUGAGGGCCAUAUGGACACCUUUGCUUUUACUACACCUUGGUGGCCCGGACACCAUUACGGCUUUCUCUGUGGACAAUAAUCGUCUUUGGUUGAGGCACCUUUCCGGACUAGUGGUUCAAUUUUCCGUUCCGGUUUAUGUUAUUCUUAUGUCCUGGAAACAUUCCUGGUUUUCAAUUAUGUCAAUCCCGGCGUUUGUGGCUGGAUUUAUCAAGUACGGGGAGAAAACAUGGGUUCUCUUGUCGGUGAGCCGUGAUAAAUUCGAGAAAAUUGUGCCGUUUGGCAAUGUAGACAGUGAUUCAGAUCUUGGCAAUAAUUACACAAUGGAGGAUAAAAAUUAUAUACACGGUUUAUGUAUUGCCCAUAGGUGUGUCAAGGCAUUUAAGGAAUUUACAGAGUAUUGUGACAUGGAGAAUAACGGGUUCAGAUUGCAAAAUCGUAUAGAGGUUGAUGACAUUAGCGAGUUCUGGGAUGCCAUAGAGGUCGAAAUGGGGCUAAUGUUCGAUUUGUUAUACACAAAGGCACCCAUGAACUUUAGGAAGCGAGGAUGUAUUCUGCGUUGCUUUACUUUCUCGUGUACGGUGGGUGUGUUGAUAGGAUUAAUCAUCCGACUUGGGGAAGGUCGAGAGAAAUGGUUGACAUUGCCAUCACUGAGGUGCUUCUAGUGGGAGCUCUGGCAUUGGAGAUUUAUGCAAUCAUUUCACUGUAUCUCUCUUCCGAUUGGGCAAUGCUUUGGCUAAUUAAGAACAACGAAGCCGAACAAGUAAUCCAGCUUAGGAAAAUAAAAUCACGGCUUUUUUUCCUCCCAAAAGAGUACCGGUGUAAAAUGGUGGGCAAUUCGAUCUACUUGAUUAUUUGGUCAAUGAGCCGGACCUAGAGGUGGUUUGGUCAUUGUUGGGGAUCAAAAGGUGGUUAGAAGAAUACUUUAAGGGCAUGCUCAACAAGUAUGAACACAAGAGUGCUGUCAUUGUCCCUUCUCUUCU